AUGCAGCCAGUCAAUCCACCAUUGGUAGUGAAGAUGUCACCAGUACGGCCACCAUGCUGUCCAUGCCCAUGUUGUUGCGGCGGAUGUCCGUGUUGUUGUAAGUGGCUAGAUUAAUACGGGGGUGGGUGGAAGCCGGAAGAAAACAAGAUUAGAAAGUUUGACAGAACCUUUUGCAUUAAUUGCAAAAAGAUAUUGUAGAUUAUCUUGUUUGUAAGGAGUUUAGAUUGUAGGAGUUUUUUGUACAAUAUUUAGCUAUGUUUAUAUUGUGAUUGGUAGUAAUGAUAUAGCACUAAUGUAAAAAAGAACUAACAAGGAAAAUGUCUGAUCAGCCCCACUCAGAAUCAGCACAAUUUUUUAAAUAUAAAUUCUUUGUACCACCAAUAGUACCCGUAAAAGAUUUUUAGCUUGCGCUUUUGAAUUUUAAAUUUGAAUUAUUUUGUUUUUCCGCCAAUUUGACAAAUUUGGCAUUGUGUUUCAAGCACUUUUUUGACUUUCCAGCCAAGCUGCACUUAUAAAUUUAAAAAUCUCGGUUCAUUUAAAGGUAUUCUACUAGUAUAUCUAAGAAAAAUAAUUAAAAGUCAAAAACUGGCAAAGUUAUAAGCUUGAAACACAAUGCCAAUUUGACGGGAAAUUCAAAACUUAAUUUUUUUGAUCUUGGUUUUCUCAAGAUUUCCUUGUAAUCGCUACUUUGCUAAAGAUCUUACAUUUAUAAUACAUGAUCUUUCUAUAUAAAAAGUUUGAAGUCAAUCAGAGCGGGGCAAGUCGCGUACUUUCCUUGUAGCUUUAUAUUAUGAUUGGUGGUAAUAAUAUAGUGCUAAAGUGCAAAAGAAAUAAGUCUUUCAGGUGAAACAUAUUCAAAUUUUAAAGCAUUUUUAUAUUAAAAUUUUUAAAACCCGUACUUUAUAUUGCACUACAAUGUCAAUUUCUAGGCGGCUGUCCAUGUUGUGGUGGCAAAAGAAGGAGAAGAUCUCUACGCUUUCUACAGAAACAAGUCAAGCCUUUUGGAGCCAGUAGGGCUACCAGAUUCUGUCCUCUGUAA